UUGAGGCCGCCAGGGAAGACUCCGCAUUUCAAGGAAUACAGCUAGCCAGAAAUAAUGGUGGAUAAUAAUAGGCUAAAACAGAUGUUGAAGAAACUGAAUAUAAGCUAUACGGACCGGUCCGUUUGUGUUUGGAGUCAGCCAGCUUCUUCACCCCAAGUAACAGGACAUCGGUAGCCGACUGCCCGGCUUGCUAGCCCGCGGUCCUUCCCAAAAUCUCGGCUCCAGAAUCACGGAUCUCAUCUGUUUUUUUAAAAGCAUAACGAAAGCUAGCCAGCAUCAGACGGAACCGACCGGAGCACAUGACGCCCGUUUGCUCUCAUUAAAGUAAAGGUAUGACCUGCUAGUCCUCUAUUGCGAAUCCGACCGCUAGGAUCAAGCUAGCAUCAUCUGGAGUUGGAUGGACGCGCGGCUCACACUCAAACACCCACAGCAUCCCUGCCCGGGACGCGUUCAAGCCUGUGCUGCUGCACCGGAAUGCUAACCACUGAGGAAGCGGCUCUAACAUGACGGGGGACGUUUCUCAACCGCCCAACGCCUUGAGGUGCUACACAGACAUUUUCUAGAUGCCAAAUGUGAUGACCGUCCCGAGCUUGCACCAUGUAUGUGGCUGGCCGUGUCUGUCUCCAGCCUUGCGGAUGACACUCACACCGGUCCCGGCGGUUCAAGGCGAGCAGCAGCGGCGGCGCGGAUAACACCGUCGCCGGUAAAGUUAGUGCUCAGAGACUUGACGUGAGCUUGUAGCGCCAAGCUAGGAGGCUAACAGCACAAUAUAAAAAGCCUCAACAAAUGCCAACACAAAUGGUAUCCCAUAAGGUUUUAGUCGCAAUAAUCCUACUGAACGUGUAUAUAGGUGUACAGUCUGUUUUUUACUUAUUCGGCGGGGUCCUUUUAACGGUCGUGUUUGCUAUGGCAUUUUUAAAUGGACCCAGGCUGCUGGACUGGGCAAGUUCACCUCCUCAUCUUCAGUUUAACAAGUACGUUUUAACCGGAUACCGGCCAAUCUCCUCCGUGCAAGACUGCAUCAGAAGCCUGUUUUACCUGCACAAUGAACUUGGGAACAUAUACACUCACGGCAUCCCUCUGGUUUGCUUCCUGGUGCUGCUGCCUCUCAACAUUCCCUGGUCUCAGAUCAGCGUCACGUGGUUGGGCGUGGUGCACUUCCUGGCUUGCCUGUCGCCCCAGCUGGGCUCUGUGCUCUAUCACCUCUUCAUGAACCACGAGGGAGGGGAACCCGUCUACCACACCCUCCUCAAACUCGACGUGUGCGGAAUCUGCAUGAUCAACACGCUGGGAGCGCUGCCCAUCGUCUACAGCACGCUGCUGUGCUACCCGUUCAUCCGCACCGUGGCCCUGUUAGUCUACAUCCUUCUGUCCAGCCACGCCAUCUACUGCGCCGUCACGGCUCGGAGCAGCGUUCGCCGGCUGCGCUCCUUCGCCUGGCAGGCACUGUUCCGCUUCUCCUUCUUCCUGCUGCGCUGGGUGGGCGUGGGCGGCGGCAGCCCCACCUCGCUACGCCACUUCCUCAUGAUGGACGCGCUGGCCGUGCUGGGCGGGGUCAUCAACAUCACACGCAUCCCGGAGCGCUUCCGCCCGGGCCUGUUUGACUAUUGGUGCAACAGCCACCAGAUCAUGCAUGUACUGGUGGUGGGCUCCAUCCUUUAUCUGCACUGGGGUGUGCUGGACGACCUGCUGUGGAUCAACAGCUACAACUGUCCCUCAGACUGACCCCCCCUGCAGCCCCCACCCCCCCUCACAACGAACACCGGGAUGUAAGGUUCAAGGACCUCUGGGGGGAGGGGGGUGUCUGGAAAGGGAGGGGAAAUGAGGGGGAACUGAUGCUGCGAGGUGAGACGAUGUGUUGUCCGUGCAUGUGUUCGCCUCAUGCCCUCAAACUCAGAAUGUUCAUAUCUUCGUCCAUCUUGGUACUUCGUGUGAAUGCUGGCAAAAGUAUGUCAAGUAACACGCACAAGCAUUUCGACUGUCUCACUUUCUGCAAACAUGGACGCACAGGUGUGUACGGACACACACACACACACACGCAGCAAAAUGGAAAAACUUUAAACGGUAAAUUUAAUGAAACUGAGUAUUUAACACGAUAACGUCUUAAGUAAAGGCUCUCGUAAAAGGAAACUGCUGAGUUUAAAGCCUUUACUUACUAAUAGAAGUUUUACUUGAGCAUCAGUCGUGUGGUUAGAUGAGACAGUCUGUGGCUAAAUGAUAUCACAUGCUCAAGUCCUCUCAGAUGUCACUGUUGCUACCUAUGCAGCACAUCCAUAUCUCAACUCAUGCACAUCACGUAAACAACACACACUCAGACACCCUCACACCUAUAUUUUUAUACUACAUGUACAUACUCUGAGUGCUGCACAGAGCACUCAUGGAGCUCUCACCGCGUCCAGCUGACUGAGUUUUAUUCUGUCCGUUGUUCCUUGUUUUCUGCCGUUGCCACUUUCUUUAUGUGUCUGUCUGAUUUUUUUACUCGCGGUCACAAGAUGAUGAGGAAAUGGAGAUGGGUGAGGGGGUUCAUUCCUGAGUGUGCUAGCAUGUUGGCAACGAGCUUACUUGCUGUAGGUGGCUUGGACCACACGUUAGAAUCAAUCGCGCAGUGUUGACGGCUCUGUUUGCACCCGAGCUCAGUGCCAAUGAAAUUCAGGCAUUUCUAAUCAGAUCAGAAAGUGCACACGUUUACAAAUUGCGUUGUUCAGUUGAAUAAGUGUUUGCCAAACUUUUGCUUGUGGAAGUCCAUCAGCAAAGUCCUAGAUAUUUAUUCUUGUAUAUUUAUGGCAACCAGGAUGAUUGUCACCACUAUUUCCUUUUAUGGAAAAUUAGGUUUUAUAACUUUAAAGUUAUAAACAGAGUGUGACAAUAAUCUCAAAGAUGACAUUGCUAAGUUUUACACUGAAAGGCCACUACAUGUACGCUUUAGACCUUAAUGUACAUGUGGCAGCAAGAUGCACUGAAAGAAAAGUUUACACUUUACAAGUUCCUAAACAAUUAGAUAUCUUUACACUGUAGUCAUGUUUAGACAAACUGCAGGUAAAACUGACUACGUUUUGGCACAAUAUGCACAAAAUACUGUAAUGAAAUAUACAUGUAUAUUAUUUAUUAUGCUUUUUAUUCAGGUGUAUUUAUUUGCUGGUGCAGAUAGAGUUGUGUUGUCUGUCAGCGGCCUGAACAGUUUACAUCAUUGCUGCGCAGGAUCACCGGCUGACAGAUCAAGUUAGAGGUCAGAGAAAAUCUUCUGUUUUAUUGAAACCGUGCAAAUCCUGAGGAUUAGCUCCUCAUUUUCUCCCCACACACUUUUUUUCAGCCCUUUUUGACUCCUCAGUCACACUAAUGUUGUACAAAAAAAAGUUGCUCUCCGUGCACUGUCGCUCACGUCAUGCUGACAACAAUCAGCAAGAAAAAAAAAGUGACUUUUAAAACGUGCAGCCGUCUUCUGAAGAUGUUUUUUAUGUAACCUUUUUUCUCUGGCUUGAAUGAAAAUUGCUUUAAUGUAUUUGGAUGUUUACUUGAACAUUGACUGUCGAUUUUGAUGGUUUUUAAGGGUCGGGCACAUUAUUGCCACUUUAUGCUUUCUUAUUUGAAUGCACUGCUUUUGCUCUGCAGCUGGAUUUGUGUUCUUUCGCAGAACGCAGCUCGACUUGCACUUUUUUUUAACCUGAGCAGAGGUUAGACAGUACUGUUUUAUUCAGCUGGCCUUGCCAAACAGGAAUGAACCCCUGUGCCCUCCUGUCAUGUAUAAGUUACAUCAGUUCUGUGCGGAUGUUCAUGAUUGUUUUGCCACUGUAUCCCUCUGCGGUAUUUCAGUUAAAGUGACUGUCGCUCUGUUCUUUUGUGCUCAAGACCAGAGGCUGGAGCGUGACUCUUUUUCCAGAGGCAGACCUUACUUUCUUAAUGACAUUGCACUUGUUUCCCAUGCCAACAGUCGCAGCCGCCCACUGACUAGUUGCCAAUCCCGUCAGCCCCACUUCAUCUUGCCAAAUUAGCAGCGUCUGAGGUGUAGCACAUCCUCUGCUUCCUGUGCUAACACUGACUCAUCGGUGAAGAAGGAUUUCCCACAGUCUUUAUCACGUACACUAGCUUCAGAUUGCACAUACCACCACCGCCGCCACCACCGCCACCGCACGUCUCACUCUAACGCAGUGUUCAUCACCGACUCUGACCGUGGUACAAUGUAAAAGCUGAAACAAUUGUAUUUUCGGCCACUGAAUGAAAAUGAAAAAAAAAAUGCAUGAAAGUAGCUGAAACUGAAGUCUCAUAGUGUUAGCAAAU